AUGGUGGGCAUGAAGAGGCACAACUGGGUUCACGGCCAGAAAGUGGAGCUUGACAGCUCGGCUCCCCGGGACCAACGAGAUGGUUCAAUACAGCUGGGAUUAGCCAAGCGGACACAAAGUUGCGCGACCGACGGUGCCGAGACUAAGUUAGGUGACUCCCUAAUCAAACCAAGGACCUUGAAGCGAACAACCAAACAGUCCGCCGCAAGCUUCGGCAGCGGCCGGACCUGCAACGACCGCCACACGCUCUCGGCUGCAAUCGUGCCGACGGGAGCUGGCGUUGCUAGCCCAGUUCAUGGCGUCAAUUUUGCUGCUUUUAUUGGCAUUCGUCUUGUUAGCGAAUAA